AACGGGCGCUUUGGAACGUAAGCGGAAUUCAAAUGAACUCGGAUCUGAUUACGGCAGUCGAAUCGGCCGACCGGGGGGUGUUUAAUGUGUUCGAUAUCUAUUCGAAAGGGCGCCAUCUUUGCAAAGAUAUCUACCAAACGCUGGUAGGAAAGUGGAGUAAUGAAAGUGGCAUACGGUUGACGGCGAACUAUAGCACGUACCAGAUUCGGCAAAACUUUAACUUCCUGCAGCUGCGUGGAGUGACUGUGAUCGAUCGAGAAAAUGUUACAUCCGAAGUGGUAGAUCGGCUGCUGGGCGAACCCGGCCUAACCAAGGGAAUAGUGGCAUUCGUCAAGUAUCACUAUGCGCUGCUGGUUGUCUUGAGAGAUUAUCACAACUUUACCAUCAAAUAUCGUCCAACAAGAGGUUGGGCCGGUCGGUUACGUUCGGGCUACCGGCUGGGACUGCUGGGAGUGGUGCAGCGUCACGAAACAGACGUCGCUGCCACGGGUAUCAUCAUGCGAUUGAGUCGUCAGCCGGAACUGGACUCGAUCCACUACAGCUGGGCGUUUGAAACUGGUUUCAUCUACAAAAUCACACCGGACAUCGGGAGCAAAUCGGAAGGAAACGGUUUCGUUGCUCCAUUUUCGCCAUCGGUUUGGGUUACCUUACUGCUGUCGCUCGCACUGUCGGUGGUGGUGCUGAAGUAUCUGGCCCUGCUUUCCGUACGCUGUCCGUACCAUCGCGAACGUACGCGCGCGACGAUGGCCUACGUGCUGGACGUGUUGUCGUGUGUCGCCCAGCAAGGUGUUCCGCACGUUUCGCGCCUGGUUCCGGCACGAGUCGCCGUGAUGGUGCUGCUGGUCGCUAAUUUGGUGCUGUACAACUACUACACCUCCACGGUCGUCAGUGGGCUGCUGAGCUCGAAGAUGAUUGGCCCGGAAAGCAUUCCGCAAGUGAUCGAUAGUUCGCUGAAACUGUCCCUCACCGACACGGGCUAUCAUCGAAUUCUGCUCAGGGAACAAACACUACCGUACAGUACACGCAUGUAUGAGCGGAAAGCUUUACCACCCCGAUCGCCAGACGAUCUGCCACUGUUUACGGACGUUGAACAUGCGGUACCGUAUCUGAGACGCGGCGGACACGUGCUACACUGUGAGCUGACAGAAGUUUAUCCCGCCAUCGCCAAUCAGUUCACUGCCAAUGAGAUAUGCGAGCUAAGAACGGUUGAAGGAUUGUACAAGUACGACAUUCGUGUGAUGGCAUUCGUGCUGCCAAAACACAGCAUGUACAGUGAGCUCUUCAAAAUCACCUUGAUGCGAGCACAGGAAACGGGCAUCGUAAAGCGGAUUUAUAGGAUCCACAAAAUAGCAAAGCCAAUCUGCCAAGGAAGUGCAACGGUCUACUCGGUGGAAUUGACGGAGGUUUCUCUAGCGUUUAUUAUAUUAGGAGUUGGAAUCGCACUAUCGGGGUUAAUUUAUCUGGUGGAAAAACGGGAAAGCGUACGGGGGCGUACAAUCAGACUUGGGGACCCGUUACGCCGAGAAUACUAGCAUGUUGAUACAUCAG